GCGUCACUUUACAUACAAGCUGUAUGUCUUUCGAUAUCUAGCUACCUCCAGAAUUCGCCGAUAAGCAUUGCAUAGCUAGCUACCAAAGUCACUUUUGUGGAUAUGUUUAUUUAAAAACUUUGCCUGCUAAUUUACCGACAGAGGUCUUCACAGGUUGUCUAAGAAGAUGUCUAAGAGGAAGAGCAACUCAAUUGGAGAGAGCCCACACAAGAGAGUCAGACCCACAGAGGUUCAUGAUGAAGAUAAUGAAGUGGGUCCCAGCCAACCCCCUCUGCCACUAGGAUCGCAUACGACUGUUGGAGAGGUGGGCAUAGUGGAGAGCAUCUCCCUGAAGAACUUUAUGUGCCACUCUCUGCUGGGACCAUUUGCGUUUGGGUCCAAUGUCAACUUUGUCGUCGGCAACAAUGGAAGUGGAAAGAGUGCUGUCCUCACAGCUCUUAUGGUGGGCCUGGGAGGGAAAGCUACAACCACAAACAGAGGGUCCUCCCUGAAGGGAUUUGUGAAAGAAGGAGAGAGUUCAGCUGACGUCUCCAUAACACUGCGUAACAAGGGCAGGGAUGCCUACAAGCCAGAAGUGUUCGGCCAGGCUAUCAUAGUAGACCUCAAGAUAACCCGUGAGGGCAUGAGGACCUACAAGCUCAAGAGCAAAGCAGGUCAUCUUGUGUCUGCGAAGAAGGAUGAACUUUUGGCCAUUCUGGAUCACUUUAACAUCCAGGUGGAUAACCCUGUAUCUAUGCUAACUCAAGAGAUGAGCAAGCACUUUCUGCACUCCAAAGGAGAAGGGGAUAAGUACAGAUUUUUUAUGAAAGCCACACAGCUUGAGCAGAUGAAAGAGGAUUACACCUAUAUCAUAACGACUAAAAAUGUCACUCUAGACACUGUGGAGAAACACGAGGAGUGUCUGGAGGGGUUAAAGAGGAAGUACCUGGAGAAAGAGGACCGGGUCAAAAGCCUGGCCUCGCUGGACGACAUGCACAGUAAACUGGAGGAGCUGAAGAAUCAGAUGGCUUGGGCUCUGGUGUCUGAGAUGGAGAAAGAGGUGAAGCCCAUGAGAGAGAAGCUCCAAUCAGAGGAGAGGUCCACCAUCAAAUACGACCAGAAAGUAGACGAGUGGAAGGCCAAGGUGGUGGAGGCGGAGAAGAAGUACAAGGGUAUCCGGGAGCAACUGGAGGCCAUCACUGUGAGGGUGCAGCAGCUUGAGCCACAGAGUGCUGAGCUGAAGAACGAGGCUCAGAGCAGAAGCAAGGCCUUCAACACAGCCCAGGCCAGUGUACACAGAUUCAAGACCAACCUGAGAGACCUGGAGAAGGACAAGGAUCAGCUCUCCAGGAGAAUUAAUGAACUCAAGUUGAGUAUCAGCCAGACGUCUGGUGCGGAGACCCAGGUGCGUGUUGAGCGCAUGGAGAAGCUGCAGACAGACCUGGACACUCUGAACUUCCAGGACUCUACCCUAGGUCAGCAGAUGGAACAGUUCCAGCAGGCUGUGUCCCGGGCCAAGGACGAGCUGGAAAAGAUGAUGCGAGAGGAGGAGGAUCUGAAGAGGUCUAUGGAGGCCAUCAGGAGGAAGUUGCAGACCAUGGAGGGCAGCCGCUCCGACCGCCUGCGCCGCUUCGGGGAGAAGAUGCCCGCGCUGCUCGCCGCCAUCGAGGAUGCCGACAGGAAGGGCCAGUUCAGGAAGAAACCAGUGGGGCCGCUGGGGUACUGUAUCCGUCUGAAGGACCAUGAGCAGGCCCUGGCCGUGGAGAAAUGUCUUGGGAGCCUGAUGGUGGCCUUCACCUGUGACAACCACGAGGACGAGAAGUUGCUGCAGGGCCUUAUGAGAGGGUACUACCAGGGGGGUAGGAGACCCCAGAUCAUCACCUGCCAGUUCUUCAACAGGGUCCAUGACACCAGUAGGCGGGCUGUGAACCACCCUGACUACCCGUCAGUCCUACAGUCUCUGGAGAUCGAGGACCCAGUGGUUGCCAACUGCCUCAUCGACCAGAGGGGCAUAGAGACCAUUCUGAUCAUCAAGAGUCCUGCAGAGGCCCGCAGAGUGAUGCAGGGCAGGCAGCCCCCUAGAAACUGCUACCAGGCUUUCACCAAGGAGGGAGACCAGUGCUACAACAACCGCUACUACUCCAACGACCAGAGGAGGUGUGACUACCUUAGCAGAGACGUAGAGGAGGAGAUCAGGCAGUUGCAGGAAGAGAUGCAGAACAAGGAGGCCCACUUGGAUCGGUUCAGCCAGCAGAAGCAGAGGGUGGAGGAGGACAUCAGGAACAACAACAGUCUCCUGAAGAGGGCCUACGACGACAGGAAGAGGGCCAAGGAUAAGUUCAGGAGACUGCAGCAGGAGAUCAGUGACCUGCAGAACGUGGAGGAACCCCAGUCUGAGGACCUCAAGCCUCUGGAGGAGGAGCUGGAGGAGAUCAACAAUAAGAUUUCAGCAGGUCGUGCGGAGAGCGAGGAGGCCCGUAGAAAGAUGGCCCAGCUGAAGGCUUCCUGGGAGGAGGUGGAGCAGAGGUACCGCCAGCACAAAGACUCCAUCAGCACUGUGGCCGAGGAGGCCGAACCCAUCAAGGAGGAGCUGAGUAAGAGCGACCAGGAUGUGGAGAAGAGCAAGCACCAUAAGAAACACUACGAGGACAAACGCAAGGUCCACAUCAACACCAUACAGGCCCUGAAGGCCAGCCUGGAUCUCAAGGAGCAGGAGCUCACGGUACGUCUAGCUAUAAUCAGGGCCAUCUUCUGUGUAUGUUGUCCCUUACUUCCUGUGUGUCCCUGCUUAAUGUGUGUUCUUUGUUGUAACCCUCCUGUGUCCCAGGCUUCUGUAGUGAAGGCCACAGAGAUCUGUCCAGAGCGGUCCGAGGUGCGCCGGACAGCCAGGAGUCUGGACAGCGAGAUCAGCCGUCUGAAGCUGAAGAUCAGCACCCAGCAGGACCAGCAAGGCGACCGCGAAGAGGUCAUCAGGCAAUACCAAGAGGCCCUUGUGAACUACAGUAACAUUAACCAGCAGGUGAAGUGCCUCAAGCGCUUCAUCCAGGUCCUGUGUAAGAUCAUGGACGAUAGACACCGAGUCUACACAGAGCUGAGGAGGUUUCUCUCAGUGCGUUGCAAGAUGUACUUUGACUCCAUGCUGUCACAGAGAGGCUAUAUAGGGAAGAUGAUGUUCGAGCACAAGAACGAAACCCUAUCCAUCUCAGUCCAGCCAGGUGUGGGGGAUAAGGCUGCUCUGAGUGACAUGCGCUCUCUGUCUGGAGGAGAGCGCUCGUUCUCCACUGUCUGUUUCGUUCUCUCUCUCUGGGCCAUCGCUGAGGCCCCCUUCCGCGCCCUCGAUGAGUUUGACGUCUACAUGGACAUGGUGAACCGAAGGAUAUCCAUGGACAUGAUGUUGAAAAUCGCUUCUAGCCAACGUUACCGACAGUUCAUAUUCCUCACCCCACAGAGCAUGAGCUCUCUCCCAGUCAACAACCUGAUCCGGAUCCUGCGGCUGAAAGACCCGGACCGUGGCCAGACGGCUCUUCCCUUUGGACAGAGGAAUGAGGAAGAGGAAGAGGAGGAGUGAGAAAGAGGUCAACCUGAGACUGUUUUACAAAGUCCUCACUAAAUGAUGUGGAUGUGUUUGUGAUUCACAUUUCUUCUAAGUUAAGUGUUUUGUAAUUGUUAAAAUUCUAGACACAAAAAUAAUGACCUAGUUUGCAUUUAUUUAUGCUGCUAUUGCUAAAGUUACAGUGUUGCAAUGUUUUACCAAACACUAUUUCUGUAAAUGCUUUUUUCUUUUCUAACUUUGUACCGACUUAAUUUUGUUAUGAGGAAUAGCACAUUUUGAUACUUUGUAUGGCAAGACAGAGAUUUGAGAAGUCUUUAAUGAGCUUUUCCAGUGAUUAACAGAAGCUCAACCUGUUAUAUUUGUGCAGAUUUUAUUGUUAGAACAAUUGUCAUGUUUGCUAGAUUGUUUCAGUCGAUCGUUCUGUUUCUGCAGACAAUUUAACAAAAUAAAAUGAUACUUUUGUUAGGA